AUGGUUUACAAGCCCAGCGUCUACCUCGUCUCGGCUGCUGUCGCCCUCGUGACACUUCAGAUGGAUCAAGUCACCUCUUCCUCGCUAGCGUUCGACCCAUUCACCACGUGCAACUCGUACAACAUUGGCGACGAGAGCUUCCCCGGCCGCGGCACUGAGAUCCCCGACGACGGCAACUGCGUCGUCACCCUCCCCCUGGCCCCGAACGUGCCGCCCAUGCCCUCAGCAGUUUCGCCCAUGUCUGUGCUCGACACGAGCUUGCUGUCUAAGGCUGCUGUGUCUCCGUCCGAGCCAGUGUUCACCAAGGUGGGGACGCAGCUCAUGUCGGAGGAGACUCCUACCACUGGAGCCGACCAGGACGAACUGGAGUGGACUUCGGAAGACGAUAUCACUACUCUUGAGAAAUAUUUCGGCAAGACGAUGGAGCUCAAGCUCAAGAAUCUCCCUACCAAGGCGGUGUACAAGCCGUCCGCAUGGGCGGGCUCGAAUUGGCCAGUCUACCAGGAUAGCAUCAACUACACGUGGAACAAACGCCAGCCCAGUCCCGCUGAGAAAUACGCAAAGGUUUUUGGUUUGGACGUGACCAAGUUUAUGAACGCUGUGUCUGCGAACAAUGGCGUCGACUCCAAGGCGAAAAAUCUCAAGUGCACAAUAAACAAAGAGGGCUAUGACCCCAAGGUUGACACCGUCUGUGCUAAACGUGCUGGCAAGCAGUCGGGCUGCUGCAUUCUGACGUGGUACGGCAUUUACCAUGCGUGGGCCCCGGCCUCAAUCCUCGAGAAGGAGCCCAACUGCCCCGUGACGUUCAACGGCGUGACCUUCCAGCCCAUGGACAUCAAGGCGCUGGUCACGGACGUCUACGACGACGCCCAGAUCUCUACCGUAUUCACUGGUUCGCGCUAUAACAACUAUGAGGAUUCGAUCGUCGCGUACGGCGGCCACACGGACUACUCGUACCGUGACCUGAACCCUGGCUCCUUCCACAUUGCCGCCACGAACCUCCUCGGUCUGUUGACCACGACCUUCAUCAUCGACAGAGACGCCGGAACAGAGGUCUGGAACCAGCCUGUCGUCGGCUUCAAGGAGGCUGCCAAUACCUUCUUCGGUGUCGGCUCGUACGAUUACUGGGACCCGAACGCCACGAGCAUCGUGUACGUCAAGUCGCGUCUGUCGUGGAUCAACGAGACGCUGGCGGAUGGCGGCCUGUACACGGUGGGGGCGUACUACGACUACCUGCUGGGGCUGGACGAUACCGAGGAGAUCAUUGGCGGUGAGUGGCUCUACGAGUCGAAUAACAACCACCCGGACUUCUUGUGGCUCGCGACCGGAAAACCGGCUGCUACAACCGUCACCAGCAUUGGUCUGAAGUACGCGGACGUGACGAUGCUGCUCGAGAAGGCGGUGGCAUGCUCUGGUACUCACUCGCCUUAG